GCUGGGAAACAGCUACUAAUCCACCUUGCUCACCCCACUGUUUUCAAACACGGUAGCAAACGGAAUUAGUAAAGAAACCUGCUAUAGAUUUCCCACAGUACUUUAAAACAUGAGUGCAGCAUCUAUUCUCCUUUGUUCGUGGCUGGCCAGAGUUUUCGUGAUCUGUGCAAGCAUAAGCUUUGUAAAUUUGCAUUGCUCCAGUGGAGAAAAAGACAGUUCUCUUCAACUAUAUGGAGCCGAUACCAAUGUGACCAAAGGCAGAUGGCGCCGGUCUCCCAGCAACCCACCACAGCCCAUCGAUUGUACGCUUUCCAGCUGGUCAUCAUGGAGCACUUGCGAUCCUUGCCAGAGGAAAAGGUACAGAUUUGUCCAUGUGGAACGGCCUUCUCAGUUUGGCGGUGACCCGUGUGAUUACUCUGACAAAGAAACUGAAGACUGCGUUACAAACAGACCUUGCAGGAAUACAGUUAGAUGUGAAGGCUUUGUGUGUGCCACAGGGAGAUGCAUUAAUCGGAGGCUGCUUUGCAAUGGAGAUGAUGACUGUGGGGAUCAGUCAGAUGAAAGAAAUUGUAAGAAAGUAUAUAAAAAAUGCAGCCAGGAGAUGGAACAAUAUUGGGGAAUACAAAUGCUAGCAAGUGGAUUAAAUAUUUUCACAAACGACCUGGAAGGAUUGGUUUUAGACUAUAAAUACUAUGCUGGAGCAUGUUCUCCCCAGUAUAUUAGAGACACCAAUUUCAGAAAACCAUACAAUGUAGAAAGCUAUUUGGCAGAGACCAAAGGCAAAUAUGAAUUUGCGUUGACUGAAUAUGAAUCUUAUUCAAGUUUUGAAGAGAAUGUCUCCAAGGCAAAAGCGAAACAACAAAGCUUCAGCAUUGGCAUAAAAAUACCAGGCAUGUUUGAAUUUAGUUACAGUGAGGAUGACAAGAGGUACCAGAAGUACAUUCAGAGGACAAAACGAUUUUCUUCAACGUCAAGAAAAUUUAUCCAUGCCCGUUCCGAAUUGGAAGUUGCCCAAUAUAAAGCGAAGAGUCGGAAUUUAAUGCUUCACCAUGAGUUCUUCCAGAGACUUCUUCGCUUGCCUUUAGAGUACAGCUAUGGGGAAUAUCGAGAACUCUACAGAGACUAUGGAACACAUUACAUUACUGAAGCUACCCUUGGUGGAAUUUAUGAAUAUACUUUGAUCUUGAAUAAUGAGCAGCUUCAAAGCGCAGGCUACUCUUUAAGCGAUGUCCAGUCUUGUACAAAUCACGGAGUCAAAGUUGGUGGAAAUAUUUAUGGCGUUUAUCUAUCGGCUGGAAUAUCAAUUGCAGGUUGUGAUGCCAUUUUAAAAGAAAUUGGAGAUAACACAGCAGAAAGGAAAUUUGUGGAGGACUUUGUCGCCCUUGUUCGUGGAGGUGCAAGCGAACAUAUAGCAACACUUGCUUACAAAGACCUGCCCACUGCAGAACUGAUGCAAGAGUGGGGAGAUGCUGUUCAGUACAACCCUGAAAUCAUCCGGAUGAAGGUGGAGCCGCUGUAUGAAUUAGCAACUGCCACCACCUUUGCAAAUGCAAAUACCCUGAAACAAAACUUGAGGCGUGCCCUGGAAGAGUUCCAACAGGAAACGAGUAACUGUCAUUGCACUCAGUGCCAGGGCAAUGGAAACGCUUUCUUGAAAGGGACUCACUGUGAGUGCAUAUGCCCCUUGGGACAUCGGGGUCUUGCCUGUGAAAACACACUAAGGACAGAUGCUGCUAUAGAUGGGAACUGGAGCUGUUGGUCUAGCUGGUCUGCAGGUUCUGGAGGACAACGGACAAGAAGACGGGAAUGUAACAACCCAGCAGUGCAAAAUGGUGGCAAGCCAUGCAUGGGGCCAAACACUGAAACUGCUUAGUGAAAUAUUUGAGAAGUUACUUAGAAGAGCAGUAGAAGGGUCCUAAAAGCGUUUUAUAUUUUCCACUAGUAUUAAUUCCAGUUUUUUUACAUUGCUAUUAUUGUUAUUUAGGUAGACACUUUAAGUUGCUGUGGUCUAAUAUAGAAAUUCCCUUCAGGCAUGGAGACUUGAUAAAAGUAUUGAUAUAUGUUUUCCCAUUCAGUUCAAUGGAUAGAGGGAAUCACAUUGCAUGAGCAGUGUUGAUGGUCCCCUUGUGCAGGACUUUUCUGUACACUUCUGAAUGAAUACAUAUGACCUUUUGAACCAGAAUAUAAAUCUCAUGGAAAAUAUAAUUAAUAGAUACAUGUUCAGAACAUGCAGCAAAUAUAUAUUUUUAAUAUCUGCCACUGUGUUUUUUUCAUUUUGCAUAUAUACAAAAAGUCAUCAUCUGUUACUCUGACAUCAAGAAAUUCACACCUUUUUCUUUAUUUGGCUGAACUUCAAUCGACUAUUUCCCAUGAAUGCCUAAAAAUACACUUUUUUCUAAUAGUCACUGGAGGGUGCUUCAUCCUGCUGAGAUAAAUGAAAGCUUUAAAUCUCAAUCACAGCAGCCUCGUCAAAUGUGAAACUUGAAUCCAAUGUGGUGGCGAUAGACUCAGUUUCCCAUUUAUUGCAUUGAACGUAAAUUGUUUAACCAAUUAGAUAUUGCCUUAAAGGGAGAAAAGUGAAUUGUGAAGUGCUCUCAAAUACCCCUGUGACACCCAAUAAUUUCAAAACUGUGUUAUAAUGAUAUGCUUAUUCAUUGGAUGAUUUUCCCCUGUAGAUUACCCUGUAUAAGAAAGACCUUCGCAAGCAACCUGGAACUGAAUGUAAAAAUGAAAUGAAAUAAAUUAAAAUUCAUAAAGCUUAUGGGCAAAAACACUUGAUCCACACAAAUAAAGAUUAACCAUUAUGCUGUACGCUGAGAGUCAGCAUGUUGCGUUAGGAGUGAUGCAAAACAGACUAGGCCACCUGCUAUGUGCUUUUAAUUGUUGGGCAGAAGCAGUGUUGGUACAGGUGAUCUUGCAGGUAUCAGUACCACUCACUAAGAGGGGGAGUCCACGACUGCAUGGCCCACUGUGGGAGCACUAGCUUGUCUCCACCGAUCCAUCCACUCUGCCCAUACCACACCACCACUUCACCCUGCCUUGUAAGCAGGAGAGUGGCUGUUGCUGGAAGGCUAUUGCUAUGGCUCUGCCACUGGAGAGCUGCUCCUGCUUUUCCAUAGCUGUUUCCAGGCUCUGGGAAGCCCAUUGAACUCCCCUGUCUCCAGUGACCUUCUGCUGGCAGGCCUUUGGCCUCAUAAACCGGCUCAUUAUGGCCACAGUAAAUAUGCUGGGUUUUAUGCCCAUUGAUUGCUGCUUUGUACUUUGCAUUUUAUUGCUGUUGGAAACCCCAUUGGGUGAAAAGGUGAAGUCCAAAUCUGACAACUAAAAGAGAAAAUUCUGAGGUGCACCCAAAGCCAAAGAAAUCUGAUUAAGUGCCAGCCAUGGUCAUAGCUGAAGCAAGGUGUCACAAUAGACCCUUUUCAUGUGAGUGGUGUACAGAAAAAGAAGAAGCAAAAUGAUGUACCUGGAAUUUCCAGUGCUGAAUUAUGAUUUGGAGUGUUUUUACACGAGCUCCCGCACCACCUUGGCCCGGUUUCAGAACUGCUUGUCAUUUUUCGAGUGAGUAAAGAAUGGAAGUUGACUGAGCUGUUUUCUGGACAAGAGUAAAUUCUUUUAUGUAAAUUUCACCAUCGUUCCUGAGCAUAAAUAUGAAGCAAAGCUGGCAAGAGGCUGGAAGCUCACUCUGCAUCUAUCAAUUGCAUCUGCUGUUUCAAACACACACCACAUCAUAAUGCUGAAUGGCUCACUGAGCUAAAAUAAAUCAGGAAUCAUGACAGCGAGGCAGCAUUGG